AUGUCAGGAUAUGAUCAACCUUGUUAUCCGAAUCCGUAUCUGAAUCCGAAUCCAAAUCCAUCUUCAACACAAACAAGUUCUGGAGGAUUAGCUAUGAGUCGGACUGGAGGACGGCCUGCUGGAUCCAAAAACAAAUCAAAACAACCCAUCGUAGUAACCAGAGACACCCAUAAUGCUCUUAGAUCUCAUAUAUUGGAGGUGUCUUCAGGCUCAGACAUAAUGGAUUCACUGUCCUCUUAUGCCCGCCAGAGGGGAACAGGUCUCAGUGUUAUCAGUGCAAAUGGAAUUGUUAUGGAUGUUGCCUUACGGGAUCCUACUGACACCAGUAGUAUUGUCACGCUGCACGGAAGGUUCGAGACAUUGUCUCUAAUAGGGACAGUACUGCCGCCACCUGCACCUCCUGGGGCUGGUUGGUUAUCAAUAUUUCUGUCAGUAGGACAAGGACAUAUUGUGGGAGGCAGUGUGAUAGGUCCAUUGAUGGCAUCAGGACCAGUAUUGUUAAUGGCAACCUCUUUUUCGACCGCAGUGUUCGAGAGGCUGCCCCUGCCCUUAAAGGAUCCAUCUGAAACUAACGCAGCAACAGCAAGAGAAGGAACUGAUGCUAAUUACCCUUUUGCAGGAGUUGGUGGAACUGAUCAUUAUGGUCUUUUGGGAUGGAGUGAAUCAGCUCGUUGUCCUCCAUUUUUGUUAUGA